AUGACCAUCGUCGUCAUAUCACCACAACCUCCAAAUCACCGUUGCAUGGGACACAUCACUACUUCAUGUGAAGGGGAGAAGAAACUUGUGUUAUCGAUAUCAUCAGAUGUAGAGGUGUGGGAUGCUAUCUUGAAGAAUGAGGAAGUUCGGGAUCUUCAACGCUCAUUGCCAUACACAGCUAAUGAAGAAAAGGACAUGGGAUGCAAGAAAGAACUCAACUCGACAUCUCUUCUGAUUAAGUGGAUUUUUGCUUUCAUGAAAUUGAAAAUUAGAGAAUUAAUCGAUAAAUUAGAGAUCGAUGAUGCUUUCUUGUUCUUUCCAAUGGUCGACGACCAUCUGUUAUCACCACUCCUCUGUCGUCGUUGCUACAACCUACAAAAGGGACACCGGCCGCCGCUACUACAGACCAGAAAAGAGACCCUAGCGAUCUUUUAUAUCCUUUCCACUAGAUCAUCAACGACAUGCAGAGAUUCAAGGGGAGAUUGGGAUAAGAGUUGUAGAUCCAAGAGAUCAGGACUGAGUUGCACAUCCAUGAAAUCGGGUUAGAUUUCAUGGAAAUUUCAUAUAUUGGGAAUGGAUUUGAUUCAGGUUUUUUAUUACAUUUAUCAAGAAGAAAACCAAAAUUUCUGAUUUCGUUGAUGAUGGUUUCACGAGCUUCAUCAGAUUUGAUUACAGAGGUUUAAGAUUUGGUUGUAUCUUUGAUUAAAUUGUAUUUGAUUUGAUUUGAUUGUAUUUGGUGGCGGUUUACCCGAAGAAGACGUAGUUGUCGAAUGGAAAUUAUCGAGCAAAAAGUAAUCACAUGGAAGAAGCGCAUGAGGGGUGAUUUUGGUAAAGGAAUAAACAGGAUGGGAUCAUUAGAUAUUAAUAAUUAUAUAAGUAAUUAUGUAAAAUAAAUAAAUUAUAAAAAAAUCAGUAAGGGAAAAAUAGUCUUUUAAUGUUAGAAAGGGACCGCGCGGGAAACAAAAACAAACAGUAGGGACGGUCCGAGUUAGAAAAAUAAGUUAGGGACCAAGCGCACAAAUUACCCAAACCACAGGGACCAUUUGUGUAAUUUGUCCUAUAUAUAUAU